GGGUGGGGCCCUCGCUGCCGGCCCGGGGAGGUGCAGCCUGAGCUGGCAGGUGUGACGUUAUGAACGCCUGUGCCGGUGUGGGGUGGGGUGACACCAGGGCUCCCAGCUCUGGCUGAGCAGCAGAAUCGCUUUCCCCUCACCUGCCAGCUUAGGUUCUCCAGGGCCGGGUGCUGGGAAUCUGUGUGCCUCCCACGGGCAUUCUGAUAUGUCCCCACCUGAAUGUUGGGGGCCCACAGUGUCCCUGGAGCCCCCUGGCAUUACUGGCGCCUGUGAAAUGUGGAAGCUGCCUGAAUCGGGUGCAGUGUGCAGCCGCCACUAGCUGGGGCUCUGGAGGCCCCCUGCCAGAACCUGCUGUAUAGACUUAGCCAGUCAGUCCUCGACCUUAUCUUGGCCUCAGUUUUCUCCCUUGUUCAGCGGGAGUGGUCCAGCUUGUUUUGUUUCAUGAUUCCUGGUUCCAAGUGCUGAUGUUCUGGACCAGCGCCAAGGGCUCAUGAUGGAAAGAACUGGCUCUAGUCCUGACACUUUGCCCUCUUGUGGUGACACUCAGAAGUGCAGCCCUUUAAUCCCACAGGGAGAGCUCCCUUCCUGAGGAGGCGGGGAGGCUGGGGUAAAGGCUGGACUGCUGGUCUGUAUAGAAUCCAUCAGGACAGCAUGCGGGUUCCUGUGCUAGCAGAUACCAGUCAUUGCCCCCUGCUCCUCUCUGCCUUUCCUGCCCUUCCUAUUAGGAGCCAGCAGCAGGCCUUACAAGCUCUGGGCAUCUCAGCCUGAUGGCUUAGGUUGAAGCCCUUGCCUCACCAUUUGGUAGCUUUAUAAUUAGUUCUGUUUACUCAUAUGAAAAACCAGGAUAUGAGGGUAGCUCCUUCUUGGAGUUUGUUAGGGCAAAACGGGAAACUGUUCUCAAAGGGCCUAUGCAGUGCGGUGCUCAGCGAGUGGGGGCUUCGUUACCCAUGUUUUGGUAAUUAACAUUCAUAGAACAUGAUGGGUAUUCCCAGGCAAGCAGGGAGCAUCCACCAGCUGUCAGAGGGAGCUGUGCCCUUAGCCGGGGCUGGGACUGUGUGUUAGGUGCCCUACUGUCAUGCCUUCUGAACAGGGGUGUGACCUUUCAAAGCCACCCCAGGGUGCGUAUCCCUGGGGUCUGGCUCCUGAUGGUCCUGGGGGGACCCAGGUGCUGGAGAGCCCUCAGAAAAGGUCACUGCUGCAGCCUGUAGACAGGGGUGAUUGUAGAUAUCCAGGCUGGAAGGGCCUCAGAGAGCCACAUGUGGGAUCAUGUCACUCAUGAGCCUCAAAGACCAGAGAGGGCUGGGGCCCAGUGCUGUUCUCUGGAUGUAGGGCUGUCCUCGCCGCCCCUGUCUCCAGGCUCCAGGCCCCUUCUCUGAGCCCAGAACAAGGUCUCCCUGCCUCUGAACCCAUCUGCAGCUACGUCUGGGGCUGACAGUGGCACUCAGGAAUCCUGUAGGGCUGGCCCUAGACUUCCCACCCUGUCCUGUAAUCCCUUGUUUACCUGUGGUCUCCCUUCUUGAGGUGAGCUCCCCAUGGGCAAAGCGGGCCCAGCUGUAUCUUCCCACUGAGCCCAGCAGGAUCCUGGCCCAGAGAAGGCUCAAGAAAGUUCUGAGAACCGAUUCCCUCCCCAAAUUGUUGGAUGGAGCUGCUAGCAGCCAGUAGCACCACGGCCGCCGGCCCUCCUACCCUACGCCUCCUGGGCCUUCAGUGGGGCCAGAGCCUGGCUCACCGUGUCCCCUCCUGGGAAACAGGCUCUCUGGUCAUUCGUAGGGAGGAGCCUCCACCUCCUGUGUGUCUUGUCCUGGGCCUGGCCUGCGGCAGUGAGUGGAGGAAGGGAGCCGACCCUCAGGCAGGAGGACUGUCACUGAAGCUGUGGCCCAUCUGUGUUUAUUUGUUGCUGGGUGGGAGCUUCUGCCUGCAGGGGGUCAGGGCACCUGGCCUGGCUGGUCUGGAGGCUUCAAGGACUGGGAGGCAAUCUCCAGGAGCUCCGGUCCCUAGGAGGCUGGAGGGAACAAGGUGUUCUCAGCUAAUUGCACUCUGCCUCCUGGUGCUGCUGUGGUGAUAGGUCCUGGGUCCUAGAAGGAGGAGGGGUGCCCUGGGGAGCUUAUUACUGUGCCUUACCUCCCCUCCUGUCCCUGCUGACUGGGCCCUGUUUGUUGUCACCCCUCACUUUUGGGCCUGUUGCCCUGCAGGGCCUCCCCUGCUCCACCCACCGUUUUCUCCAUGGAGCAGGGGUGCCCAGCCACUCCCACUCCCCCCCUCCUCCUCACUCUGGGGAUGCUGAACCUCGGGACACUGGUGCACAAUGCCCGCAAUAGGUAGUGCCGCCUCCUCCAGGAAGCCACCCCUUUACCUCUAGUUCUUGAUGCAACCUGGGGCUGAUGGGCACAGGAUUUGAAACCAGCCAGACCUCGGUUGGAUGCUUGGUUGGAUGCCCUUGCGUGACACUGGGCAAGUCAGGUUCCUUCUCCUUGUCUUGGCAUAAACCUGACCUUUCUAGUCCCCAGAGUUGUAGGAGGAUAAAUGGAGCCUGUGGUGGGGGAGGGCAAGCCUGUGGUAUUUAGUGGCAAUAUACCUGUGUUCAAUCCACCUCCCUCCCACCCACCCCUGGGUUCCCCACCUGUCCCUCUGUUCUAGUAGACACUUCUUGGCAGUGGGCCUCUCCCUCUUGUGGGAUCCCUGGUAGGGGCGUUAUGGUCUGUCCAUUCUCUGAGGACGGGACAGUGGAUUUCAGGUGACUGGGUUUUAUGGGCCAGGAAUCAGGAUGUGACAGUGGGCUGGAGCAUUUGCCAUCAGGCCUGGUUCAUUCUGGGUGCUCACCUCCCCCAGAGCCUGGUGCAGGCCCGAUCCCUGCUCUGAGCCUCGAGCCUCGGGUGCCCCUGGCCAGAGGAGGAAAGCCGAGCAGAAGUGAGUCCCUGGCUGUCUGAGAGUGAAGAUUGGGGGGUGGCCGACAUGUCCCCCGUUAUCUGCGCAGCUCAUGCCCGUGAGCUACAGAGCAGGUCAUUCAGCCCAGGUAACGGGGCACCAGAUGUACCCCACACCAUUCCCAACACUGGGGAUAGAAGAUGUACACAGGUACUGCGUCGCUGAAGGCUUGCUUUAGCCAUAAACAACCGGUGUUGGGGUUUACUCUGUUUCCCUCUAGACUGCUUCUCCAGUUGGGGUUCAAGAGGCAUUUGCAUUGCUUUUCGGUACACAGUUUUGCAGUCACAUAGGCAAGUUGGGAACCUGCUCUCCUCCUCUGUUCAUUCCUAUUCCAGGCUCUAGUGGGUCUUCCCAAGGUGUCCAGUGGCCAAGCAGAGAGCCAUGGGUGGCCCUGGACCUGGCCCCACCUGCAGCCUUCUUCCUGCUUUCUCUCCUCCCUUCCCACUCUGGCCUCUCCAGCCCCACCUUUUUGAGGCCCAAGCCCUGGACACCUUCCACCCUCAGCCUCCUCCUGCUGGUCGGCAGCUGGCCCAGGCUGAGCCCAGGCUCUCCCCAGGGUCAUAUAACCCCUGGGUCUCCCCGGCGUCCUGCAGGUCCAGAGAUGAGGUGGGCAUUCUCACUCCCCUUGGUGCAGCUUCCAGAACACACCCCCCUACUUGGCAGCCCCUAUAGGCUGAUGCCCUUGGCUCUCCACCACCCGGCCCUGCCCACCUUGUUGCCAUUCCUUGUGGAACAGCUUCUACCCGGGCACCAGGGGCUUGGAGCCUCCAGUCUCCCAGCCUUUUCUGCCCAAUGCUGCUGUGUCCCAGGGAUUACCACACCCAUGUGGCUGACACCCUGCCCUCAUCAUCCCGUCCUCAGGUCCUGUUUGCGGCUCCAUCAGCCUUUACCGUCAGCAGCCUCGGCCUCCUCUCUCCAUGGCGGCCACAGCCCAUGCCCACAUCUGCCCUUCCCGCAGGUGUUCUGCUGAAGGCCCAGUCUCCCUGGCUUCACCUUCCAGGCGUGUCCGUCAUCCUGCACUUUAAUACACACCUGCCCCUAAACCUCAUUUUGGCUUCGGUCAGUGUUUGUGUACUCUCCCCAUAUGCACAUCUUCGCCUCUGGCUGGCGUUGGCCUUGGGCCCUAUCACAUUAGUUCUCUUCUCAGUGCCAUUCAUUCAUUCAAUCAUUCAACAAGCGUCUUCUGAGGGCCUCCUAUGUGGCAAGCCCUGUUCUAGGUGCCGGCUUAACUCCACAGUAAUUCCUCAGCAGUGUUGCUUCCCUCUCUUCUGCCCCUGAAGCUACAGAGUGAAAGGUUCUGGGAGGGUCAGGCAGCUUGAGGUCUCACAUCCUCUCGAAUGCCCUUGGGGGACUGCCCCCAGCAGCCUCCAGAACUGACCUCAUUUGAGAUGUUUACAACAGGACCAGCUGCUGGGUGACCUCCUGCUGAUCACAUGGCCAAGAUCCCACUGACUGAUUUAGCCUCCAUCUAGCAGUUACUAUGCUUGUGGUCCACUAGACCCUCCAGAUCAUUUUCAGUUGUUACACUUUGGCCUGUGCCUCUGUCCUCUUUUCUGUGUGUGGCGUGUCAUGGCAGCUUCCCCUUUCCCCUCUCCCCCUCCCUCACAUAUUCCAGUUCUUCCAUUUACUAGAAUAUGCUAGCUGAGCCCCUGCUUCCACCUCAGCCACUGUAGAACAGAUGUCUGUCAGAUUCUUUCUCAGCCUCAGGUCUCCUAGGGGGAAACUGAGUCUUGAUGUGGAUGGAAUUAGUGCUGGGAUUCAUUGGAGAGGAGGCAGGGCCAGUGGACAGGACUCCUGUAGGUCAGUGAUUCUCCCAGUCCCUGGACCAGCAGCAUCAGCAUCCCCCAGGAGGUUGGCAGAAAUGCAGAUUCCUAGGCCUGGUCAGCCCUGUUCAAUCAGAAGCAGUGGGGGUGGAGCCUAGCGAUCAUGUUCUAGGUCCUGCAGGGGAUUCUGAUGAGGUCUAAAGUUUGCCAGCAGGGUUAGGUGAGAGAUGGAGGUGGCCAGGCUGGUCCUGGCGCUGGGGCUGGACUGGAGGGCUCCCAGGGCCCCUGGGAGGCAGAACGAAGGCCUUGGCGGUUGGGUGUGGAGGGCUGAGGGUGAGGCUGAGCUGAAGGCGAGGUGGCUUCAGGUUCUGGCUAGGGUGGAACCUCUCCCAACAGCAGGCCCGCUCUGUUCCUUGUCCUCCCUCCCCUCCUGCCAGGGGGUCUUGCAGCCUCUCCAGUGCACCCCUGCUCCCAAGCUCCCUCCCCUUCUUACUGCCCCAGGCACCCUCCCUUCUUCACAAACAAGUCCUUCUGUGGGAGUCAGGUUGUCAGGGCUGUUACCACAGCAAUUGACAUCAGCAGCCUGGUCCCUGAGGAACCUGUCGCCCUCUGCCCGCUGGCUAUGCCUCAGUUCCUGCCUCUUGGAGGAGGAGAGAGAAGGUGUGGGGGCCUCCCACCCCCAUUUUGAGCACUGGGCAGGGCAGGGCUAGGCUGGGCCUAGGGGCAAGGAGAGGGGAGGGGCCCGGGGAGGGCCAAAGGGUAGGCGGGGCGUCCUCUGGGGCCUCUGGCCCUGGCGGUGAGGCCCCUGCACACAGGGCACACGGGGCUCCUAGGCAGCGUUGCAGCAGCAGCACCCAGCAUGGCGGAGGACGGGCCGAAGCAGCCGCAGCUCAGCAUGCCCCUGGUCCUGGACCAGGACCUGACCAAGCAGAUGCGGCUGCGCGUAGAGAGCCUGAAGCAGCGCGGGGAGAAGCGCCAGGAUGGCGAGAAGCUGCUGCGGCCGGCUGAGUCCGUCUACCGCCUGGACUUCGUCCAGCAGCAGAAGCUGCAGUUCGAGCGCUGGGACGUGGUGCUGGACAAGCCGGGCAAGGUCACCAUCACGGGCACCUCCCAGAACUGGACACCCGACCUCACCAACCUCAUGACGCGCCAGCUGCUGGACCCCGCUGCCAUCUUCUGGCGCAAGGAGGACUCGGAGGCCAUGGAUUGGAACGAGGCCGACGCCCUGGAGUUUGGGGAGCGCCUAUCGGAUCUGGCCAAGAUCCGCAGGGUCAUGUACUUCCUCAUCACCUUUGGCGAGGGCCUGGAGCCCGCUGACCUCAAGGCCUCUGUGGUUUUUAACCAGCUCUGAUGGCUGCUGCUGGCUGCCUCACCCUCCCCAUGCCUGCCCGCCACCCCCUCCCCUGCGCGUGCUCCCCUACCCCAGGCGUGUAUUGGAGGACAUUCUUCUAGCUGCUGAUCUGCCCUCAGCAUGCCCAGGACCCUCUGAGCCUGUGUGCUUCCUCCUCUCCUUUCCCUGGUGCUGGCAUUCCUGCUCCCGUGAGGAGGUUGCAGAGGUCCUGUAGUCUAGAAGCUGACCUGGCUGCCGCUGCUUCUACUGUAGACCAUGGAGGCCUGGUGGGGCAUGUGCCUUCCCUCUGCUUCGUUGUCCGGAGAGAGACUCGGAGAGACUGACAGAGACAGACACAGAGAAAGAGAUCCAAAGCACCAGCCUUCGGGCUUCCUCAGGAGACGGAGAGACAGACGACAGAGCGGCCUCCCUGGGGGAUCACUGCUCUCCUGGCCACAGUGCCCUUCGCUGAAUCCCAGAGGUGAACAGUGAGCCUGAGGACCCAGGAAGGCACCGCUCCUGGCCCGGGCCUGGCAUGGUCCAGGGAUGCUUCAGGGGCCCCAGGACUUCAGGCAGCAUUGUAGGGGCUGAUCUGGGGCAGUGGGGAGCAGCUGGCAGGCUCGAGGCUGUGCUUGCCAGCUCCUGCCCUACUGGGGAUGACUUCAGGGGGGUAAGUGGCAGGGAGGGGACAUGUGAAAAAGUUACGUAGAGAUGCAUCUAUCUGUACGUGUGCUUAUAUACUGAGAGAGCGUGCUGUGUUCAUGGCUGUGUUCUAGAGCCUGUACCUGUGAGCAAGUCUGAUUUUAGAUGAUCUACUGUGUAUUGCCCAAUUGGUUCAUGGGUGGCCCUUAGUAGAGGCUUGGUCCGGAUGACCUUGGGGAGGGGGGCUCCUGAGCUGAGAGCCUCUGAGGUUCAUACAGUGAAGCAGGGAACAGCAUAGUGAAGGGAUUUCCCUCUGCCAGGGGGAAGCAGGAGAGAGGGGUCCAGAGCCCUGGAGCUGGAGUCAAUAGAUUCUUUGGGACCUCAGUAUCCCUGCUGGGAUAUGAGGUUUUCCCCUGCUCCCUGGGCAGGAAAGGCUCAGGCCCAAGGGGCACCUCAGGAAGUACCCCCAACACUCUGUCUCUAAGCCAGCUCUGGGUGGUUUGUUUUUUUUUUUUUUUUUUGUCAGGAAGAGGCCCAUGACACUUUGCUCAUGAAGCAGACCCAGCGAGGGCCACAGGGCCCAGCGAACAGACGCACUGGGAGAGGGCGAGAGCCAUCCACAGUGGCUGGAGCUGCUGGGAGGGUGAGCCCCAUUCGAGGCAUGCAAACAGGAGUGGGGUUUGGGAAUGGGCAUUCUUUAGGUGGGGAUUGGCUGUGGUGUUUCUGACUCUCUGCUCGGGGGUCUGUUCCCGGCCAGGCUUGAAGUCCCAGUCUGAUGGCCAGUAGGGCCAGCCGGAACCCCAGAGAUGGCCCUGCCCUUCGCCUCUCUGCUUGACCUCUCCCUGUAGCUUGGGGGACCCUCUUAUGCAGACUGUCUGUACCCUCACCCUGAGCCCCCACAUCCACUCCUUGCACUGUGUGUCCCCAAUAAAGCCUCUGUGCCCUCACCUCAUGGUGUGCAGUGUCUCACCGCGAGCCACCCCUGCCCCUCCCCUCUGACAGCCCUCUCCAGUCCCCGCAGAGCCCUGAGCAUCCCCUCCUUGGCCUUUUCCCGCAUUCCCACACCCUC